UGUACGGGCUACAUGUGCAUUAUCCACAACUGUGUUGUAUGGGAUAUCCACCCAUCCCCAUCUUAUAGUGAGGACAUGGCCGCUAAUGUGGGUUUUCUGUAGCUGUCUGAGGAAAGAGAAGGCACGGGUAGGAGAGACGCGCGCAGAAUCGCACGGUUAGACGGAGACAUUUUCACAUGAGAGAUGGCGUUCAUGUCCCGGUUCUCUCGGUCGCGGAGCAGCUCAAGAUCUCCCAACCGAAAAGAUUCGGAGCGUGGUUCACCGAUGCUGACGGUUUCCGAGCUCGAAAGACUCCUCUACACGGGAAAGACAGCAUGUAACCAUGCAGACGAAGUGUGGCCAAGACUCUACAUUGGUGAUCAAGAUAUAGCUUCAGAUCGGCGAGAAUUGACCAGACUGGGCAUCACACACAUCCUGAACUGUGCCCAGAGCAAGUGGCGAAGUGGGGCAGAGUUCUACGCGGGUAUGGACAUCACUUAUCAUGGCAUAGAGGCUCACGACUCCCCCUCGUUUGAUAUGAGCGUCAACUUUUACCCAGCAGCAGAGUUUAUCCACAAGGCUCUUAAUAGUGGAGGUAAAGUGCUAGUCCACUGUGCGGUAGGAGUCAGUCGCUCUGCCACUCUUGUGUUGGCCUAUCUGAUGAUCAGACAGAACCUCACCCUGGUGGAUGCGAUCAAGACGGUUAAGGACCAUCGUGGCGUCAUCCCCAACCGAGGCUUCCUCCGCCAACUGAACGGGCUGGACAUCAUCUUGAGGGACAGCCGCAAAGCUUCACCGUAGAGCCUGAAUCCAAGACCCACCAAUCUGUAGUCUGCAACUGGUAACUCUUUGUUGUGAGGCUGAGAAAUGUAUGUGUCACAUCAUGGCAGUUGGUGUCGACAACAGCAGGUAACAUCCCCCCCCCCCAAGGGCUCUAUUAGAUCGAAACAGAAAACCAGAUACUUUCUCGUUCAAAAUAAUUACAGAAUUUUUACUUUCGUAACCAACAUUUAUUAUCUGUUACCUCUUUUGUAUGUCACAAAUAUAUAAAUGUAAACAUAACAUGAAUUGGAACUUGCAUUCCCAACAGAUCAGGAACCAUUUUGCCUUGACUAAGUCUCCUUUCUGUUCUAAAUUAUUAGAGAUCCUUGCCCUGAGAUCUUACUGCUGUGUUGAAAUUUAACAUAGUCAUCUGUGCCUGUAGAGAAACAUUUUACCAACCAUUGGUCUUGCCUAACAUAAGUGCGUUAAGUUAAAACAAUGUAUACCUUGCUGUAUUGGGUCUCAGUUUGAGGUACAGAAUGCCUUAUCAAGUGUUAUUUUAACCUAGUUCUAGUUAACUCUGUUGCUAGAUAUAGUCCUCUGAUCAGCGUGCACACACCUAGUGAAUCAGGCAAAAGGGGACAAGCUCUAAGUCUACACAGAUAUGUAGCAUUACAAAACUGUGAGGUGAAUGAAUAUGAUACAAAGUUUCAAAUUACUGCUACGAAACAAUUUCAAUUGGGUGUUAAAUGUUUAUUUAUGAACUCAACAAAAGGUAUAUGUAACUUCAAACAUAUAAUUUUGUAAUUCAUAUCAGUAUUUUCUUACCUAUCAAAGAGUAAAUUAUUGAUGAAAAAGAUGAAAUACACAGUCAACGAAGAACUUCAGGUUAGAGUACCUUCACCACCUUGCGUCACCCAAGACCUGACUGUUAGCUUGUUCUUACCGCUAGAUGGUCAUAACUACUGGCGUUACAUCAUUCAAAGUUAUUUGAAAAUGCAAAAAGGCUUCAUGUUCUACGAGCAUGCAACUUACUGUAGGAAGGGUGUUUAGUGUGCAUCACUUACACUUUUCACAAUUUUGAAAUGUUUCAGUCAAAGCUACCAACUGCCAGGAGAACUGCCCUAUGUACUGUACAAAAUGGCCGAUCUAUUACAGCAAAUGAAAGGAUUCAACCUUUUUCAAGUCCAGGACAUUUGUGUUCUGUUUGCAGGUCAGAGCAAUUUAUUGUCAGAUACUGAUCUGAUUUGGAAUAUCUUUGAUGAGGCUCUUUUGUGUCGUCUGAUCGACUGAUCAAUAUCUCAAGUAUCUGCUUAUUACAUACUUUUGAGCAUAUGGUUUUUCUCAUAUCAAAAAGAUGCCAGCGACUUAAAAAAACAAAACACCUACAGUAUUUAACCCUCGUGCUGCCUUCGGGUCACAUGACCCAAAGGUUCAUAACGAACCAUCGUUGUGUUUACCCAAUUUUACCCAAUACAAAAACAAAUUAAAAUAAUUUUCUUUUAACCUUUGCAAUGUAGGGGGUCUGAGACAGCCCAACGGUUAAAAGAAUAUGCUUCACUUUGUCUUUGUAUGCGGUAAAUCUGUCGCAAUACGAAGGUGGGUCACAAUGACUGAUGGGUCAGAAUGACCCGAAGAUAACACAAGGGUUAAAAGAUACUAACAAUGAUAUGGGAGCGACAUGGCUCAAAGAAAAUGUAGGAAACUUUACAGUAGAUCAAAAUGAGAGCUGGAUGUGGCUGUAUGGUUGACGUGUGAAGCGAGCUCUGUCUGCUUUCUGUAUCACUGUCACUUUAUCACUACCACCUUUCGGUACAAUAUUGUACAGGUGCAAGACUAACAAGUCAAUGAUGUCACUGCAGCAGUUGGUAAGAUGUAUGCAAAUGUAUAUUUGACUUCCCCGUCAUAUUAUUCAAACUUGAUGUGUUGUUGUCUCCCAUACGAUCAAGCUGGCCGGUGUGUCACUGCACACAAAUCUAUCAACCAUAGCAUUUUGUACCAAUCCAAUGUAACGUGUAUAUUCCUUAGGGUACAGUUUAUUUGGAGGGACUAGGAGGGAUGGUUGAACAGGGGAAGUUGAGUCUGGACUAGUUCAGAAACAACUACUGAUAUCUUAAACAGCUAGUUUAAAGUUCAUGGAUCACUGAGAGAAUCUUCCAGAACGUACAUUUUGUAGAGUGUAAUGGUGAUGUACCUGUCUUCUGUUCUAUUUGGGGUUAUAUGCAUGAUAGCUAGCACCCAACCAAAUUAUCUCCAAUCAUCAAAACAAAAAGGUUGGAAUAAGGCAAUGAGAUCAGAUUUGAGUGAAGGAGCUACAGGUUGUUUCUGGACCAGGCCUUUUGUAAUUGUCUUUCGCUGUGUUGUUGUUCUGUCUCUGCUGUUUGUGUCUGUGGAGGUUUUGUAGAGUGAUCUGUGAUCAUUGUCUGUGCCUGUUUCUACUCACCAAACUGUCAAUUUAUUACAAAACCCCUUUCUAUAGGAAUACUUGAAUGAUUUUUUAUUCCUUAUUUUUGUAGAACCGUGUGUGAUAAGUUAAAUGAAAGACAAAAAAUAAAAGAUGUAAUGACGCCUUAACCUGUGUUAUGAAUGUUGGUUAAAAGUUGGCUUUUGAUUUAUCAAGAAUGCUUUAUUAUGGCUUAUAUUGUGUAUUUCAAAUUGUUGUUUUGAUAUUUCUGUAAUAUUUGGAAUUGGAAAUAUAUACUUCUCUCAGA